UAGCACGGCAACGACGCUUCUCUGUUGAAAGCCCCACAAUGUGCGAGACCCCAUUGCGAGUUGCUCUUCGACUCGCACCCUCACACCCUCUGCAAUCUCCACCUCCCUUUCGGACGCCACCGUCUGCUCAACCUGAACGCCGCGGCGUUCGACCGCUCCUUUGGCUCAGUACUUUAAUCACCCUUAGUUAUUGGACGCCUCGCGAGACUUUCCGACGGUAUGUUUCUCCAUUCGGGCUCAGGUUUUCGCGCAGCCUUUGCGCUGUGUCUGCUUGCUGCGAAUCAAGCGAGUGCCGCUGGUACGCUCAAGGCUCCCUUCAAGUCCACUCUUGCAUCGGGAACUACGAGCCUCUAUAACGCCUCCGCGCCUUUGGCUAAUGCUGCGCUGAAAGUUGUGGCUACAGUGCAAGCUGGCGACAAUCAGACAUUCAGCGAGGUACUCAUUGACACCGGAAGCGCGAUCUUAUGGGUGGGAGGCGAGUCGGCCUACGUCCCAGGAGCGUACACUCAAGUGACCAACCAAACAUUCAGCGUCGGGUACGGCGCAGGUGGCGUCAGCGGCACCGCAUACAUCGACCGAGUGACAAUCGGUAGCGCCACCGUGGACUCACAGAUCAUCGGAGCCGCAAACUGGUCGUACGGCUUCACGCUCGAGAAGCCUAUCGACGGCAUCCUCGGUCUUGGCCCCUCCGGUUCCAAUGCCGGUGAAGUAUCCGGAUAUACGAGCACGCCGACCUUUGUCGAGAGCCUUGUGGCGGAGGGCACGAUCGAAAAGCCUGUGUUUGGGAUCUACGUCAGUCCGCUCAGCGAGACUGGCGUCCCCGAGGGAUCAGGUGAGAUCGCGUUUGGGGGCGUAGAUGAGAGCAAGAUUAGUGGCGAUGUGACGUGGCUGGAGCAGACCGAGCCGAUCAACUUCCAUUGGGAGUUCAAUGCGUCGAGCUUCAGCUGGGGCGACCAGGUUCUUGCGAGCGGGUCGAUCGCUGCACGCACGGACACCGGUGUGCUCCCCAUUGCGGUCCCCAACGAUGGCUUCUUCACGAUCGUCGACAGCGUCGCGGGUGCGACAAUCGACAAUCACUCCGCGCUCGAGGGGUGCAUCAUCUUCCCAUCCAACAUGACCGCGGACAACCUUCCCGAUCUCGGCAUCGGCAUCGGGAAUCUGAACUUCUCGAUUCCGGCAUCGAGGUAUAUCGUGCCGACGAGCCUGUUUGGCGCUCUGAACAUUACGGACAACAUGACGCAUACGUGGAUCGCGCCUGGUGGUCCGGAAUUCUUCGAUCUCGGGCAAAAGUUCCUCGAGGGCGCAUACUCGGCGUAUGAUAUGGAGAACCAUUUGGUGGGAUUCGCCUACCUCGCAUGAUGGCAAAGAACGGAUACGGACGGACUUGGUUGUUAGUGACCAUGGACUUUCGACGCUGUCGUUACUUUCGGACACGCAUGGACUAUGAAAUACCGGGCAUGCAUAUAAUCACCCCCUGGACAGUGAUUGAUGGCAGGAUUUGCCACUUUGACGAUUUUCAUUGAUCAUCAU